ACCCUAAAACAGUUCUCAACUUUCAGAAAAAUUUCCCCCCAUAUGCCCCAAUGUAAAGCAUUAUAACUACAAUAUGAAGUAGUUGAGAUGCAGUACACUUUUGCGCCUCCUCUCACAUGCGCAGAAGUAGAAAAAUAAUUCCACUGCGGCUUUUUUUUGACUUGGCUACGUUGCAUUCUCGCUCAGAAUCGUUUGCCCCUUGAGACAUGUGUUGUAGAAAAAUUUAAUGUUUUGAAAUAAUUUUGAGGUUAUGUAUAGUUGGAGACUGCAAAUAGUAAAUAAUGACAUCGCGACUAAAGAAUGGCAGAUUUGUUAAAAAAAGAGUAGGUGAUAAAAUAAAUAAUGCCUUAGCAGGUAUGUCUGAUGCUAAAAAAUUAAAAACUGAAAUUACAAAUAAGGAAACAGAUCGAGAUGAAAUCCCUGACGAGAACGGCAUAGUUACGUGGAAAGUAAUUGCUAAAAAUCUAAAAUGCUGCAGCUGUAGAAGUCUUCUAGAUCUAGAAAAACUUCAGAACUUCAAAACAGAAGGCCUUCAUUCACAUUUUAAAAUAAAAUGUGAUUCAUGUGAAACAUUGAAUAUGGUUAAUACUGGAGUGAAAAAUAAUGCAGUCUCUGAAAUUAAUUCAUCCGUGGUACUCGGUGCUAUUCAUUCAGGUGUAGGAAAUACAAGUUUGAAUAAGAUUCUAGCUUGUGCAAAUUUACCUCAAAUGAGAUCACAACAAUACAAAAAAUAUGAGAGUAUAGUUGGCAAAGCAAUUGAAUCUGAAGCAAGGGAUAGUUGUAAGCGAGCUGCAUCAGAAGAAAGGGAGUUAGUUAUUAAAAAUGUAAAAAAAUUAUGUGAUACAUUGCCUCCAGAAAUCACAAAAGAUAUUUUUCCUCAAUUAAAUCUCCUUAACAUCCAUUCACAGAAUAAUAAUAAUUUAUUUGACACUGCUUUAGGUGAAAUAAUAAAUAUAAUAGUAUCAUUUGAUAUGGGUUGGACUAAACGUGGUAACGGACGUAGCUAUGAUAGCUUGAACGGCUAUAGUACAAUUAUUGGUUUCUUAUCAGGGAAAAUUUUGGAUUACGAUACGAAAAAUCGAAAAUGCCGAAAAUGCGAUCUGGGGCAUAAAAAAGAAGACCAUGACUGUCGAUUAAAUUUUCACGGUAGUGCUAAGGCUAUGGAGGCAGCAGCCGGAGUUCAACUUGUGAAUCAUAGUACUAUUCUGAAAGAAGCAGGUCUUCAAGUACGAGUCAUCAUAGGAGAUGAAGAUAGUUCUAUGAUUGCUGCUGUACGAGCAGACAACCCAACGAAAAAAUUCCAUAAAUUAUCUGAUAAAAAUCACUUAGCUAAGAAUUUCGGGAAAGAAUUGUACGGCAUGCAAAGUAAAUAUAAAGAAUUGACUAGAAAGAAUGUUAUACCUCAUUUAAAAAAAUGCUUCACUUAUGCUGUGUCUCAAAACAAGGGCAAGUCUGAACAAUUGGCAGUAAAUUUGAAGCAAAUACCUGAUCAUUUAUUUAAUAGACACGAAAAUUGCGGUAGUUGGUGUAAUCCUAAUAAAAAGCAUACUAUCAAUUUAUCAGAUGAGACUUUAUACGAUGCAUUGGUCAAUUUAUUUAAAAAAUAUGCUUCAAAUUCUCAUAAAUUCUCAAUAGCAGCUUCUAGUCAAGCGAACGAGAGCUUUAAUAAUAUUGUCGCAAAUAAAGCUCAUAAAAAUAAAUGUUUAAGUACAACUGCAGCUUGUGAUAUCAGAGUAGCAACUGCUGUUUGUAUUAAAAAUGAUGGUAACCAAAGUAUCUUGAAUAUCCAAAAUAAAUUAGAUAUUCCUAAUGGAUCUAGAACAGUUAAAUAUGUUCAUGAUAGUGAUAUAGCACGAGAGAAAAAAUCUACAUCAAACAAAUCAAAGACAAAAAAAAUACGUAGAAUAGAAUUGAAGCAAAAGAGAGAACUAUUGAGGAAAAAUAAUGAAAAAUGUGAGGGCAUUACUUAUGAAAGUAAUUAUGGAAUAGAUAAAUUGACUAAUUAUGUUCGUGAUAGCAAGAACUGUGAUAUUAAGCAGAGUAAUAUUUUAGACGAAGAUAAAACUAAUGUUGUUUAUUUUGAUAUUGAAACGACAGGAUUUGCAGCUGAUGCUCAUAUUUUACAAAUAGCUGCAAUCUGUGAUACUGUAGUUUUUAAUGUUUAUGUACAUACCAAAACAAAGAUCUCGACAUCAGCAAGCGCUGUUACUAAACUUCACCAUGAUCAUGCGGGAAAUUUAUUUUACGAAAACAAGCAGAUGCAAACUCUGAAAAUUUCGGAUGCUUUAGAAUCUUUCGGACAAUUUUUAGAAAAAUUAUCUAAGAGCAAAGAAAAAUGUUUGUUAGUUGCACACAAUGCCCGCUUUGAUGUUCCUCGACUUUUACGUGCAAUAAGUAAUGUAAAUGCUUCUAAAAUUUUAGAUUUAAUUGUAGGCUUUGCGGAUACUUUAGCAAUAUUUCGAUCGGUCUUGAGUGAUAGAAAAGGUCCUGGUAAAUUUAAAUUAGAGAGUCUCAGUCAAGAUUUUUUAAAAAAUUCAGAUAAUGAACAACAAUCAUUCCAUGAUGCAGCUUAUGAUGUUCUAACUUUACAAAAUAUAGUGGAAAUAUUAAAUUUAAAAAAUAAUUUAUUCACUAGUUUUAAAAAAUGUGACGUUUAUUUGCAAGAACUAUCUGAUGCAAAUAAAACGAAACAUAAUUUAAAAGUAUUAACGGACUUAAAAGAUAUUAUUUCGUUAAAUAUGUGCAAAAAAUUAGCUAUAAAUGAUAUUUCUGUUGAUUAUUUGAAACAAAUAUUUAAACAGGGAGGAGAUGAAGCUAUAGUGCAAUUAUUUACUGAAAAAGUAAAUAAUAAAGUAAGAGUAACAAAAAAGAAAGAUAUUAUUAAGAACGUCUUAGACUUUUUAAAAAGCUUACCAAAAAACUCAAUUAAAAAAACAAAAAAAAAUAAUUUAAAGAAGGAAAGAGUUUCUAAAAAAGAAUAAAAUUAUUGAGUAGUAUUAAUGUUCU